AUGUUCAGGCGCGCUGCUGUUUCCUUGUUUCUCCUCUUCACUGCUUCCGUCUUCGCCAUCCCUUUCCCCCAACGGCAGGUGUUACGCCGCCUCGCACCUCAGCUUCGGGACCCUGUGCAUGGGGAAACGAACGCGAAGCGAUUCGCGAAGGGCUUGCCCCCUUUGCCACCAGCUCGGAGGUGGAAUAUUGAAGCUUCAGGAACUGAGACUGCCAAAAGGGCACAAGGCAGCGACACAAUUCUCUGGAACGGUGUUAAAAUUCAAGGACUACGCGUGUUUAAUGGAAAAUCCAACGCCAUGGGAUACAUCCAGCUGAAAAACAAUAAGUACGUACUAGCUACCAAGAACGACGCCGAUGGUUUCACAGCCACAGUUCAGAACAAUGGUAUCACUCAUGGGAUGAACAUCAAAGCUGAUAAAGCUCCGUUUACCCGUCCCUAUUUGGCGGUUCUCGUCGAUCCGAAAUAUAAUGAUCUUGGUGCGAAGGGGAGCCGUGGUUAUUUUGGAACUUCAGAGUCAACUCAACUCAAUGCCACCCCUCAAUCUGGUGGCGCAGUUUCCGUUACUGGAGCGAAGUACGAGUCAGUGGUUUGGGACUACGAUAUUGAUACUACUCUUCUCACACCCAAGUGGGUGGAUAGUAAUAACAACACCCUAACGCUAUCGAUCGUGUGGGGGUCACAUGACGAGUCAUUGUAUGUCACGACAGAUCCGUUCGGCCUCACAUCCACUAUCUCUGAUUCAAGAAAUAUGGUGCGUGAACCAUCAAAAUUGGUGUCUCAGGUUGGGCUCUUCUUAGUUAUGGAUGACUUUGCUCCAGAUUUGUACCAUUCCCAUUACUUAAGACUGGAAUAA